CACAAAAACCGAGACUCGGAUGACCACCGAAUGAAUCAGUCAGGCGGUGCCCAUUCCCGUCGCCGGAAAGCUUGGACGCACCGGCGCCGGAAUUUCGGACCCCCGUCGAGUCCAUUUCUUCACUGGAAGUUCGACGACCACAAAACCACCGGUGUCGUCGAGGCCUCCGCUCGGAAGCUUGCCGCGGGGCUCUGGCAAUUGCGCUUUAACGAAAUUUCAAGGGAUCAAGACCUCAAGUUCAAUUCUGGCCCUUCUGAUCCUCCUCCGCCUCAGCUUCAGCUUGAACCGUCUUCGCCAUAUCCCAAACGUGCAUCAGAGAGGGAAACAAAGUGGAGCCCUGGCGGCUCAAAAGAAUUUGAUGACAUCUAUCGUUUUUACAACCAUGUGAAGCUUCUCAAAGAUAGGCCAGUUACUACUGGCUCUGUUGUUUCGACAAUGAAUGCAGAACUAACGGAAGCUAGAUUGUGUAUUCUUUCGCUAGAAGCUAAGCGGCAGUCCCUUAAGAAGAAAGUCAAACAUUUUUUGAGGAAGCUAGAAGAGGAAAGAAUCUAUUGGAAGAGCAGAGCACAGCAGAAAAAUCGUGCUCUUGACGAAUUGAAGGAAGAAUUAAGUAGGGAAAGGAAAAGUCGUCAGCAGAUGGAAAACCUUAACACCAAUCUGAUAAAUCAAUUAGCAGGUGCCAAGUUCUCUGCGGAGCAUUUCAUGGAAAAAUAUGAGGAAGAGAAAAAGAGCAGAAAACUCAUGCAAGAAAUUUCUAAUGAACUAGCUGAACAAAUUGGAGAAGACAAGGCUGAAGUUGAGGCAUUGAAGAGAGAAUCAAAGAAAAUUAUUGCAGAAGUGGAAGAAGAGAGGAAGAUGUUGCAGAUAGCAGAGGUUUGGCGUGAAGAACGGGUCCAGAUGAAGCUGAUCGAUGCAAAACUAGCUCUUGAAGAUAAAUAUUGUCAGUUGAACAAGCUGAUAACAGAUGUUGAAACUUUCUUAAGGUCAAGGUUUGGCACUGUGGAUAUGACGGAGUUAAGAAAAGUUGAGUUGAUCCUGCAGGCAGUUAAGUCAUUGAAUGUCCAUGGUAUUGAAGAAUUUUCUAAUGUUCCUCCAAAAUCAAAUGAUAUAUUCGCUGUUUUUGAAGAGCUCUGGCGAUGUGAAGGCAGUGAGAGGGAGAUUGAACCCUGCAUUUGUCACACUCCUAGCCAUGAGGAUAAUGGGUUCAACCAAACAGAUUUGUUAAAGCAGUUGAAUUGCCAUAAUGAUUAUAAUAGUUGUUUACAGAAAGAUGCCAGAGGAUCUUGUGAUUCAUUGGAAGGGGGUAAUCCUGCAAUUGACAGGGUUGGCCAGGGAAAAACUGUUUCAAGGAGCUUUAGUGAUAGUAAUGAUAAUGCAGGUCAAUGUUCUCCAGAUAGGGAAAUCAGUGAGGUAUGCGCAGCAUCAGAGAAGCAAUCAAGGCGCAAGACAUCUUCUGCAUCUAAGCUUUGUGGAUCAUGUCCAAGCAAUGGUGAGUUUUAUAAGAUAGGUUUCGAUGAGGGUGAAGGGAGGCUUUCAAAUGGGAUUACAUCACGUUGGGGAGAAAAUUCAAAUAAAGGGUUGUUUGAACAUGAUACUACACACCGGGAUUCAGCUGGACAGAGGAUCCCAACAGACACAGUGAAUCCACACAUAACUCGAGGGAUGAAAGGGUCCAUAGAAUGGCCCCGAGCCAUUCAAAAGAAUGGUUCGAAGGUCAAGCUUUUGGAUGCAAAAAUAGAAAGCCAGAAAUCACAAUUGCGUCAUGUUCUUAAACAGAAGGCUAGGUGAAUUAGGAGCUUAUACAUUAGAAGCAGACACUUGUUUUCUUUUCUUAGUUUUUGGUUGCUGUCCAUAAAAGAGCAAACUCCACUAUAUUGUAUGUUUAUUUGGACACAAAUGAGAAAGAUCAAUUCCUUUAAGCUC